AUGGCCAAACUACUUACCUUCGUUUCCGCCCUUUCAGGGCUUACUUCUGUAGCCUCUGCUUUCCACGCAGACGCCAAGUCCAACAUCGCCGUCUACUACGGCCAGGGUGCUAACCAACCUCGACUUGCCGAGUUCUGUGCGGACACCUCCUACGACAUCAUCAACAUCGGAUUCAUCGAUAGCUUCCCAGAGCAGCACCCUGAGACUGGGUAUCCCGGAAGCAAUUUCGGUAACCAGUGCUGGGGCGAUGUUUACAAGGUCAAUGGCGUUGAUACCGCCCUGUACUCACAUUGCCUCAACUUCGAGGAUGAUAUCCGCGAGUGCCAGAACGCCGGCAAGAAGGUCUUCCUGUCCCUGGGUGGUGCUGGUACCAACUACUGGUUCGACACCAUCAAAGCCUCGACCGACCUAGCCGACUUUCUCUGGGGAGCGUUUGGUCCAGUGACCGACGACUGGACUGCCGCCGACAAGCCUCGUCCCUUUGGCGCCGCUGUCGUUGAUGGUUUUGACUUUGACAUCGAGCACCACGGUAGCUGGGGCUACGCCAACAUGAUCAAGCGGUUCCGAAAGCUCUAUGAGGAGGACACCUCUAAGACCUACUACAUCUCCGCCGCUCCUCAGUGCGCUAUCCCCGACGAACAGCUUAGUGUUGCCAUCAGGGAUGCUGUCAUCGAUUUCGUUUGGGUUCAGUUCUAUAACACACCCAGCUGCUCCGCUAGCAACUACGCGUUAGGAGGCACUGGUUUCAACUUUGACGAGUGGGUCAACGUUAUCAAGGCCGGUGCUAACCCCAACGCAAAGCUCUAUGUCGGUCUGCCCGCCAGUCUGACUGCUGCCAAUCUCGGCUAUUAUCUGUCUCCGGUACAGGUGCAGCCCUUGGUAAAGGAGUACAUGAACAAGUAUCCUGACACCUUUGGAGGUGUCAUGCUGUGGGAAGCUACGGAGGCGCGCAACAACUUCAAUUAUAACCAGAAGAUCAGAGAGAUCCUGUUCGACGCUGACCCCAACCACUACCCUACUACGACGUUGCCUACCCCCACUCCCACGCCGACCAGCACCACAACCUCCACUACGUCCACGUCUACUACGACCACCACUACUGAGAGCACCACGUCCACGUCCACUUCGUCUAGUCCUACUCCCACACCUUCAUCUUCUACCACCGAAACCUCGACCCCCACACCCACGCCGACUCCGUCUGGAAGCAGCACUUCUUCCUCGACCUCUUCGGUGUCCAGCACGUCCACCCCUGUGGUGUCCGAGACCUCAUCUACUGAGACUCUCACCCCAUCCAGCACGCCCUCUGCCUCGGAGACCAGCACUACUCCCUCAGUGACUCCUUCUGGCUCUAGCACUUCUGUCUCCUCAAGCACUCCUGCUGUCUCUGUCACUAGCUCUGCGGUCACUUCAAGCACCUUGACUCCUUCGGAAACUCCUUCUGCAUCAAGCACCGCCAUUGUCUCAGAGUCAAGCACUACUACUCCCUUGGAAACCCCUUCAGGAUCUAGCGUCCCUGAGUCAAGCACCCAUGUUUCUACAAGCACACCAGUCAUUCCUGGACCUAGCUCCGCCGGCUCUUCAAGCACAUCCAUGUCGGUGACCAGCUCGUCUGUCCCGUCAAGUGCCCCCGUCAUCUCCAAGACCCCCACGCCGUCGGUGACGCCGUCGGGCUCCAGCACUUCCGCGUCCUCGACUAGCACUGACUGUGAGGAGUCUUCCACUGCGAUUGGCACUCAUACUUCCUCCAGCGUCUCGGAGUCUCCCUCAGCCAGCACCCCGGUUGUCUCUCCCUCGACUUCGCCCCAGACCACCAAGACUCUGACCGUUUUCCCUACACCUGGCUCCUCUGUGUCCUCCGAGACCUCGGCCGAGUCAACCUCCAGUGCCCUGACAAGCAAGCCCUUGAUUCCCACAACCCCGGCGUCUAGCACCAGCACCAGCGCUGCGACUCCCUCCCCGAGCGUUCCAGGAGUGCCUACUAGCAGCACUGGAUCCGAUGAAACCGCCACGACCAGCGCCACUGAGGCUGAACCCACCAGCACUGGGUCCGAUGAGACCGCCACGACAAGCACAACUGAGGUUGAGCCUACCAACACUGGAUCCGAUGAGACCGCCACGACAAGCACAUUUGAGGUUGAGCCUACCAACACUGGAUCUGGAUCUGUUACAGCCCAGCCUUCCACCACGGAGCCAGCCACGACCACAACCCUCAUCGUGACCUCGUACACGAGCAUCUGCCCGACUGGAUUCACUACCAUCACCACAACCAUCACCUCGACUUAUUGCCCUGGUACGGCUUCUGCCACUGCCACCGCCACUGCCCCCAUCACCGACGCUCCUGGCUCUGGCUCUGGCUCUGGCUCCGGCUCCGGCUCCAACCCUGCUCAGCCCACCACCACCGCUGAUAUCCCCGAGGGCUGGACAACCACCGUUACUGUCUGCACCGUCUGUGCUGCCACCCCAACAACUGUCACCCUCACUCUCCCACCAGCAACCAGCACCGGAGAGUCUACCCCUGCGCAGCCCACCGGCGAGGUCCCGUCUGGCAACGGCACCGGCUCCGAUUCCGGUGAAGGCGAGGAGUACACCACCACAACCAUCGUCAACUCCGGCGCAACCACCACAGUCGUCGUCCUCCCUGCACCUACCGAGGUUGCCGGCGAGGGCGAUAGCGAGGUUCCUGCCCCCGGCUCUGAAGGCUACACAACCAUCAUCGAGCCCGGCUCUGGUUCUGGUUCCGCGACCACCAGCAGGCCCCUGAUCGGCGGUGGUGCCGGUGGUGCCUACACCCCUUACCCCUACCCCUCUUCCACCUUCCACAUCAUCCCGUCGGCGUCCGCCCCUGUCCCCGUUCCAUCCGGCGUUGACGCCACCGGUACCCUGGGCGGCGCUCCCGCUCCCCCCACCUUCACGGGCGCAGCGUCUCGUUUCGGUGUGGCUAAGGGUGUCUCUGCUCUCGUGGCCUUUGCACUCUCAAUGCUUGUUGUUAUGUAA